UUCCGUUACCUGGCAGGAGACAGAGAUGGUCCCGGCCGGCAGCCACCAACGGCCGCAGGGGCCUCGCCUGAUCUACGUGACCCGCUUCGCCUCGCACCGCGGGGGCGUGUGGCAGUUGAGGGGCCCCCGAGGUCUCCGCCAUCAAGGCCCAGGGCUCGGGGCCUGCUCCGCCGUGGAGGGAGCGGCCGUGGAGAGUGGGCCCCCGGGACGAGAGCUGCCCACCGGCGCCCAGGCCCGGGUCGCCGCCAUCCCCGACUCCACCUCUUUCCAGCUGCGGAGGUCGAGAUCGCCAGGAGCGCCCAGGGGCCUGGAGCAAGCGGCGCGAGCAGGUUUAAAGCAGAAAACUGCAGCUGAAGUGUUUGAUUUCCCCAUACCACUGAAUGAGGCCUCCAAAACAAUGAAGGAAAUGAAAAAGGUCUUAGCGUGGAAAAAAGUUAGCAAAGUCAUUUCCAGAAUGAUUGCCGAAAAUGAAAACUACAGACACAGACUGAAGUGCCAAAAUUUACCUAGUGAAAUUGGAGUUAGUACAAGAUGAAUGUGAGUCUUCCUGUCUUCUCUGCUUCAACUUAAUCAUUUUGUGAUAUUCCAACAACCUUGGCUUUGUGGUUUUAUGUUCUUCAAGUGACUAGUAAUUCACCUGCUUCCAGUUGAAAGGCAUGUACCUGGGCAAAUGGCCUAGGCCUUGCAUGCAUAUACAGACCACAGUUUCCUUGCACCAUCCAGCUUCUUUGGGCAGUGCUGAGUAAAGUUUCACAUUGCUAAAUCCCUAGUGGAGUGUCAAAUGUUAGUUCUCACAACUAUAUUACCAAAUGGAACAUGCUCAUAAACUUGACUUCAUGAAGUUUGUGAAGCAUGUGGACAAAGCUUUUUGGUAUAGUUCAACCUUACGCUUCUGUGUGUGCCACCUGUCAACUCUUUGUGGAAACAUAGCCUGUUUUGUUAUUCUGCCAGUGUUCAUUCAUAUCACUGAAUGAGUGUCAUGCUGGAUAGUGUCCCACUGUUCUAGAA